CCGGUCCCGCUUUAAGCUUCUCUAUGGCCGAUAUUCACCGUUUGCUCCCAGAGAGCCCGUUUAAACCAUAGACUGUAUAGAAAAAGGUUUAAACCCGCGGUUUAAGGUUUCUGCCCCAGGAUGUCCGCGGGGUCUUAAAAAGUCUAAAAAGUUUUCAGGAUGACUGAUGGUAUGAAGACCGAGCUGGUGAGCGCCAUCCACCUGCAGGAGGUGGAACUGCAGGAGAAGCCUGCAGACAAGGAGCAGGGCAGCAAGAACAACAACAAUGCAGCUUAUGAGACGUUCACUGUCGAGGACGCCGUGGAAACUAUCGGCUUCGGACGCUUUCACAUCAUGCUGUUCGUCAUCAUGGGGAGCUCCAACAUAGUGGAGGCCAUGGAGAUCAUGCUGCUGGCUGUGGUUUCUCCCGAGAUUCGAUGUGAGUGGCGUCUGGAAGACUGGCAGGUCGCUCUGGUCUCCACAAUGGUGUUUCUUGGCUUCAUGGUUUGUGGAGUUCUGUCAGGAUACAUCGCUGACAGAUACGGACGCUGGAAGGUGGUGUUUGGAGGAUUCGUGUGGAGCGCCUACUUCUCUCUGCUCACCUCAUUUGCGCCGUCCUACGGUUGGUUCAUCUUCCUGCGCAGCAUGGUGGGCUGCGGCGUGGCCGGCGUGUCGCAGGGGUUUGUGCUGAAGACGGAGUUCAUCCCGGAGAAGUACCGAGCGUUCCUGCUGCCUCUGGCGACUGUCUUCUGGAUGCUGGGCUCCAUGCUGAUCAUCCUGCUGGGGAUGUUGGUGGUCCCCACUCUGGGCUGGAGGUGGAUGAUCCGGAUCUCCGUCAGCCCCAGCAUCAUCCUCAUCUUCCUCUUCAAGUUUGUCCCUGAGUCGGCUCGUUACAACGUGUCUGCAGGAAACAUUCAGGCGGCUCUAGAAACUCUGCAGAAGAUCGCUAAAAUGAACGGGGCGUCUCUUCCUCCGGGUCGACUGGUGGAGCCGGCUGUGAAAGAGCGAGGCAGCUGGAGGAUUCUGCUCAGUCCGGUCUUCAGGAGGACGACCUUACUGCUCUGGUACUCAUGGUUCGUGGCGUCCUUCGCCUACUACGGCUCGGUGCUGAGCAGCUCGGAGCUGCUGGAGAAGAACUUGCUGUGUGUGACGGACGCAGAUCAGGAGCAUCAGAUCAAACACCGCCAGCAGGACGGACUGUGCUACUGCAUCCCCUUCGCUCUCAGCGACUACCAGACGCUGCUCAUCAGCUCGCUGGGAGAGGUCGCACUGGUCCCGUUAAACAUCUGCAUGCUGAACAUCUGGGGACGGAAGAUCAGUCUGAUGGUGCUGCAGCUGCUGUCGGCCAUUUUGUUCAUGUUGGUCAACAUCUGCACCACCAUGUUUGGGUUCACGGUGUUGCUGUUCCUGCUCCGGUCUCUGGUCUCCAUGAACUUUAAUGUGGUUUAUAUUUACACCGCUGAGGUGUAUCCCACUGUGGCUCGGUCUCUGGGGAUGGGCUUCUGUACGUCGUUCAGUCGUAUCGGAGGAAUGAUCGCUCCGUUCAUCGCUCAGGUGUUGAUGUCUCAGUCAGUGAUUCAGGCUCUCACUCCGUUCGCUGUGGCCUGUGGAGUCUGCGCUAUCGGAAACUUUCUGCUGCCUAUAGAAACUAAAGGACGAGCUCUGCUGCAAAACUCCUGAUGACUUCUCCAAACAAAGUGUCUGUUACUGUUUGUCGUUUUAUCGUUGUUAAGUCUGAAAUAUGAAGAUAUUAAAUGUGUUACUGACAUCA